CUAAUUGUGUUUUUUUGGAUACUAAACAUGAUACUGUAGCUUUGAACAAUACAAUCUUCGAGCAAAAUUUUACAAUUUAGUCAACUGAUUUUCACGACAAAAGAUCAGAUCGACAAGUGAUUUCGAAGAGUAAACAAUAAAAGGGAAUAGUUGAGUGUAUAAAUCUUUAUGUACUCAUAUUGAUUACAUUUACAGUGUAUUGCAACUUGGUUGAUUGCUCACAAAUAUCAACAUGAGAACCUUUACUUUAGUCUGUUCCUUGAUCCUUUUCACAAGUCAAGCUUGGUGUGAUCCUAUUGGAGCUUAUGUUAACGCCAUCAGUCCUGAGAUCGAUUCCUCCAAUGGAUUAAUCAAAUUCUCUGCCAUUCAACAAGCAAUUCAACCUGUUCCUGCUGCUGGUUGGGGUGAUCAUCAUGGUUGUAAGAAAGAAGAAGAGAUUCACCAUCACCAUCACCACCAUCAUCAUGAAAAACAAAUAGCUAGUCAUCACCAUCACCAUGGACAUAAACACGGUCACGAUCACGGGCACAAACACGGCCAUGAUCAUGGACACAAGCAUGAAGCUUGGCAUCAUCACGGCCAUAAACAUGGCCACCAUCAUGGACACAAGCAUGGACACGAUCACCAUCAUGGACACAAACACGGCCAUGGUCAUCAUCAUGGACAUAAACACGGUCAUGAUCAUAAACAUGGACACGGGCACAAACACGAUCACUGGCAUGGUCACAAACACGGUCAUGGACACAAACACGACCACGGACACAAACAUGAUCACUGGCAUGGACAUGGUCACAAACAUGGACACAAGCACGAUAAUUGGCAUCAUCACGGACACAAGCAUGGACACGAUCACAAGCAUGGCCACAAACACGACCAUGGACAUAAACACGAACACGGUUGGCAUGGACAUCACGGUGGUCACGGUGGUCAUGGCUGGGGUCACCACAAGGGAUGGGGUCAUAAAUAGGAACAUGAAAAUGAAACUAACGGGUCAAGCUUAUAAUUCAUUAUUUAAUGAUUUAGUCAACAAUUGGAAGCUAAAUUAUUUCUUAAUGGUGACAUUUACCAUUCUCAGUCAAAGUGAAAAAUUCUCAGCGAACCAAAAUUGUUAUAAAUAUCUUUUGUACCUAUUUUCAUAUUUUCAUCAGACUUUUGUAUAAUGUCAUUUUUCCUUCUCCUCUUGUUAUGUAUAUAUUGUACAUUUAACUUUGUGUCAUUGGUUAUGGGUUGAACAAUUUAAUAAACAAAUAU